GUGAUAUAAAAAGCAGCCAAAGCAAUUAAAGCAAAUUUAGUCUUUGACUGAGGCGAAAAACCAACGGUAUUAUAAUGCAGCACAACACUAGACAAAUUUCAAUUUUAUUACUCAUCAUUGCGGCAGCAACACUUUUGGUGCAACAAUCUGUGGCAAAAUGCGGUGUUUGCGGUGACAAUGGCAUUGCUUGUAUUAGCGAAACGGAAUUCUACAUUUGCUUUAACGGUGAACCGGAUACGAGCACCGUUCAAGAAUGUCCUGACGGUGGCACCUGUACGAGUCUGUUGGCGAAAUGUAUCAAUGCCGCCAACACUGAACCCGACUGUUCGAGUGACGCCAAUCCUACUUGUGGCUGCUACUUCGGCAGCACAAUGUUCGUCUGCACAAGUCGCACCACAUUUGCUCAGUGCAAUGGUAAUGAGACCAUUGUAAGCGGCACAUGUCCUACGGGAAUGUAUUGCACUACGCAAGGUGGCGAAAUUUGUAUUGAGGAAUGUAAGAUCGAAGGCGAGCUUGAAUGUGAUAUCGCUGCUAGUACGUAGACUGUGGUGGUGGACAGGUGUUGGUGGAGAUAAUGAAGUUGUUAACAUUGUUUAGGCUUAGAAUUAAUGAUAAAAAGAAAAAUGCUGAAAUAAAAAUAAAAUUAAAGA